AUGAAGGCUCCAAAUAAGUUGAUGAACGACAGAAUAUCCCAAUUGCCACAGCCGAUAUUGCACUAUAUACUCCGUUACCUCCCUCAACAAGAAGCCGUUAGAACUUGCCUACUCUCCAAAUCAUGGCGCUAUCUUGGCUCCACGCGCCCCAAUUUCGCCAUGCGAGAGAUCGAGUUUAAAGGAAGUAAACAAGAGUUUGUCAACGUCCUCGAAAGGUGCUUACAACUAUACUUGGAUCACAAGAUUUGCCCGGAAGAAUUCGAGGUGUCCAUGUCGACGUCCCAUGCCGAGUCGUUUUUCAAUCGGCAUGAAGAAAACGCUCGCUUUGACCCGCCCUCUAUGAUUUUCGAAUAUAAGUCCCUCCAACGUUUGACUCUUCGCUACUGCAACUUGAGCCGCGAUGAUAUUCUUCACAGUGAUAUGUCGUCAUUAACUCAUCUCAAAAAACUCCACCUUACGGACGUUUGUAUUACGGACGAAGUUCUUGAGAAAAUAAUAUGUAGCUGCCCGUUGAUUGAAUUGAAGCUCGAUGAAUGCGUCGGGUUGAGAGCCAUCAGAAUCGAUAAACGGGCUCGCCAUCUCAAGCUAUUCGACUUGUCUGGUUCAUUCAACGUCAAGAAGUCGCCGAGUCUUGAAAUUGAUGUCCCAUCUCUUGAGAAAAUCAAGAUUAAGGACUGCUCGAAUUGGCAUCACGACAAGAUGACCUAUUUUCCUCAUCUCAAGUCUCUAAGUCUUUCUUCUGUGAGACUCACUACAGAGUCAUUCGGCUUCUUUUCGCAUAACUUCCCUUGCCUUGAAAGUGUAUCCUUGAACGAUUGCUAUGGCUUUGAGGAAUUGGAGCUGUAUAGUCGUUCGAUCAAGAAUUUUAAGUUGUCUAGUCGUCGUAUUACUAUGGCGUUCAACAGGGCUGCUAUUGAUUUGCCGAGCAUAGUCAUGUUUAUGUAUGAAGGCCCUGUUCCCAAGUCAUUUUCUUUCACAACAACUUCUGAAAAGUGGAAAUCGGAUAUAACCCUGUGGACUGAUUAUUUAUUCGACGAGACUUCACGAGAGUUGGGCAAAUUAGGACAACUGCUCAGGGCAGUAAGCGGAUCCGAAGUCUCUCUACAUAUUGGGAAGUUGAAUCUAGCUAAGAAUACCGUGUUGUCUUUUACGAACAAGCUAUUUUGCAUUUGUCGUCCGAGUAUCAUACAACGUUCUGUUGUUGUUGGCCCAGAUUCCGGAUUUUUGUUCAACCAACUUCGCAACCAAUCAACAAAGGAGAUGUGCACGAUGCUGGGAAUGGAGAAGGGAAAUUUUGAAAGUGGCCGAAUAACAAAGGGACGUCAGUGGCGACAAGAUCUUGAGAAAGUAGUGUUUGAAACUUUUGAUGAAAACGAGAAAACAUGGCAUCCUGUCGUGGAGAGAAGUUGGUCAAAAUUUUGGGAAGGAUUGUUGCUAAAGGAUUCUAAGAGUGUGCAGCACUGCAUGCGCUUUCGAUUGACUUGGAGAGAAUAA